AUGGCUGGGGAAGUCGCCCUGCAAGGAUCGCCCGCAGAGAUUGCCCAUGGACAGAUGUUCAUCGGGUUCUUCAUUAAUGUUCUGCUGUGUGGCAUUAUGAUCACGCAGGUAUAUCUUUAUGGUGUAACGUAUAAAAAGGAUCCUGUGUGGAUUAAGAUUGCUACUGCAUUCCUCUUUGCUUAUCUCUACCGUUCCCUGAUUAAAUUCUAUGGCAUCGUUGAAAUCCUCAACAAAGCUGACUGGAUCAUUAUCGGGCUCCUUGCCGGUGCUGGAGGAGUCGCGGGUAUCUGGACUGCAUUCGAAGUCGGUCGAACGCCGACCUUCACUGAGUUCCAAAAUUUCAAGGCUACCGUCAUUGUUUGGCUCGCUGCCGAAGCUCUCUGCGAUAUUCUCAUCACAGGAAUUCUCGUCUGGUAUUUCGACAACACAAGACCGGAUUCUCGCAUUCCGACCUCAUUGUGGAUCGCAUUAUUCGGCCAUACCGUUAUCUUGCCCCGUCUCGGAAAAGAUGCUAAACAUGUCAACUGCACGCAGCCGAAGGGAACUCAUCUCAUCUUCAAUUUCCCUCUGGCCAAGUUAUACACCAACUCUCUGAUGAGUAGUUUGAACUCUCGAAAGGGAUGGAACUUCCACACCAAGGAUCAAAACAAGACUAUCCUUGAAUCGGAACAUGGUUUGAGCAGCGGCACCGGACAAGGAAGCCAGGGCGCUGUCUCGAAACAACGUAUGAGCCUGCAACAGGACGUUAGAUCGGUCGGCGUUGCUUCAAGGCCAGAGAUCUUUGUCCAUGUCGAGUCUCAUGAGCUCGUGGAUGUCCCCAAUGGGCACCAAACAGUGCUCCCAAUCUCUAUUGGCAAUAGAAGGCCGGGCGAUGCGUCAACUCACUCCUCUUUGGAGGCUUCGGAUAACGAGAAACGCCAGUGGAAUCAUCCGUACUAUGCGGCUGAAAUUUUAAAGGACAACAGCAGAGGUCUCCCCGACCAUGGUGGUCGUAUCUGGUUGAGAGCGAUACGGUUUUCGCUUCUCGCUCCAGGAUCCCCUCUGCUAGAGUGUGGAUGUACAGUCAAGAAGUUUGCGUCGGUUCGCGACUUCUAG